AUGGAUAUAAAGAACAUAACAAUGUUGAAUGAGCUUUUUCUCUUGGGAUUUCAAAAUUUAAACUGCUUCAGGAUUCCUCUUUUUUGUUUGAUUCUUUUAAUUUACCUUUUGACACUAAGUGGGAACAUGUUAACUAUAGUGUUGGUGUCCACCAGCCACAAUCUUCGGUCCCCCAUGUACUUUUUCCUCCAGCAGCUGUCCGUAUGUGACCUGCUACAAACCGCAUGUACUGUACCCCUCUUACUUUGGACUAUAAUAAAUGAUGGGACCACUAUCUCGGUAGGUGGAUGUAUAACACAAUUUUAUUUUUUUAAUGCCUCAGAAAGUGUUGAGUGUUUACUUCUAACAGUAAUGUCCUUUGAUAGAUAUUUGGCCAUCUGCAACCCCCUACGUUACACAUCUUUAAUGAACCCCAAACUUUGUGUGAAACUGACUCUCAUACCAUGGCUGCUUGGCUUCAGCAUUAUAUUAAUCACUGCAAAUGCCAUCGCAACACUACAGUUCUGCAACCAAAAUACCAUCAACCAUUACUUCUGUGAUUACUUUCCUCUUCUGGAGCUUUCCUGCAUGGACACUUUCUUUGUGCAAACAGAAGCAAUACUUCAGGCUGUUCCUGUGGUUUUUAUUCCUAUUAUACUAAUCAUUAUAUCAUAUGUUUUUAUCAUCCAUACACUUCUAAAAAUAGUUUCCACUACUGGGAGGCAAAAAGCCUUUUCGACCUGCAGCUCCCACCUUAUAGUGGUCUUCCUAUUUUAUGGCUCUCUCAUUGGCAUUUAUGUGGUCCCUUCCAGAAAACAAUCACCUACUAUAAGCAAAGUAUUCUCUCUGUUAUUUACUGUUGUGACUCCUUUGCUGAACCCUGUUAUUUACAGCCUAAGAAGCAAAGAAAUGAAAGAAGCUCUUAAGAAAAUGUUGUGUUUUUGA